AUGGAGGUUUUUGUGAAAACUGUAAGUGGGAAGACAAUUAAACUUGUGGUUGAGAGUCCUGACCCAAUUGUUUGUGCGACGGUCAAGAUUGAGGACACGACUAUUACACUUGAUGUCCAGAAAGAGCCCACUGAUCAAUUUGAGAUAAUCAUAAAUAUCGCUCAUACCCAGUCUAUUACACUCACUGUAGGGAGUUCAGACACUAUUCAUAGUGUUAGAGCUAAAAUCAAUGAGAGAAUUAAAGUGUUUCCAGAUUUCGAGCAUCGAUUGUUAUUUGAAGGAAGGGUGCUGUGUGACGAUUCUACUCUGAAGGAUUACCACAUUCAUAAUAAAUCCACUAUUUACCUUAUUCCUCAUACAUGGGGUGGAAGCUCUUAA